AUAUCCAGAUUUCAGUCUUUCAUAGCGUUGAUGCUCUCAUCUCAAACUAAAGAUCAAGUUACUGCUACAGCUAUGCAAAAUCUUUGUCAACAACUUACAGAAGGCUUAAAUAUAGAAAGUAUAAUGCAAGUAGAUGAAGAAUUCUUAGAUCAAUGUAUUUCGAAAGUAGAAUUUCACUGUAGAAAAGCAAAAUAUAUUAAGCAAGCUGCAAAAAUCUGCAAGGAAAAAUACGAUAGAAAUAUUCUCAAUAGUGUUGAAGAAUUAAUGAAAUUACCAGGUAUUGGUUCAAAAAUAGUUGGUGCCUAUUAUAAAGAU